CUCCCCCUCCCCCUGGUAGAAUCCAGUUUCUGUUUGAAUCUCCCCUGUGUCUACCAGUGCCUUCGUGAGACAGGGAUGAGCGGAGGGAUCCAGCCAGAGGCGGCGCCCCUGGGCUCCUCCACCCUGGGCUUGCGCAGGGAGGCAGGAGCCCUCCUUGUGGACCUAGAGACCCCGGAAGAGAUGAAGGUUCAACGCCUGAGCAGGCCGGCCAAAUCCUCGAAGCAGUACCUGCGUCAGGUCAUCGCAGAAUAUGAGGCGCUGGAUCGAGAGCUCCCGUGCAUCCGCAAGUUCCCCGCGCAGCCCACCACUCAGCCGCUCUGCCUGUGUAUGGAGACCUUGCCCGAGGAGGACUUUACCCACCUGGACGUGCUGGAGGCGCUGGAGGCCGAGUUACCCGGGGCCAUGGAGAGCGGGCGCGUGAGCGGCAUCCGCUUUGAGAACGUGAACGUCAUCUGCGGGACUGCGGGGCACCGCAACAGGUGGCUCAUCACGCUCACGGACUUCCAGGCUCGCGCGCGCCUGCUGCGCACCGGGCUCAGCCUCCGCGGGCUCCCGCGCCCUCUCGUGCGCCACGACGAGCUGCUGCUGGACGACUACCGCCUGCACCUGCGCCGCUCCCUGGUCCGCCGGCGCAUGCUCGAGGCGCUGGGGGCGGACCCCGCCGAGGAGGACUGACGCGCGGGCGGGCCCCGGUGCGCUGCGCCCCGCCCGCCCCCCCGAGCCCGGAGGAGGGGGCGUGGCCUCCCCAGGAAGGAGGCGGGGCCGGCUCGAGGGGGUGGAUACUGUGAGUUUAAUUAUAAAGAAUGACCUGGUACAAAAGCCAUU